AGCCGUCAGUGUCAGGACCCAAAACUUCAUAUUGGAUGAUGCGUUUCAGGACUUACCCGUGGAAGUAAAAUGCUUGUUUGAAUGUUUUACAGAUACGACUUUUGAUAAAUGUGAGCAACCAAGGGAGAUUGAAAAGAUAGGUUUUGGUAGCCAUGACUGUGGUAAUUGGAUUUGAAGGCAGUGCCAAUAAGAUUGGCAUAGGAAUCAUCAGAGAUGGUGAAGUGCUUUCCAACCCUAGACGGACCUACAUCACCCCUCCUGGUCAAGGAUUCAUGCCUAGCGACACUGCCAGGCAUCACCGUGCUGUUAUACUGACUGUCCUGAAGGAGGCGCUGGAGCAAGCUGGGCUGAAGCCAGCAGACAUUGACUGUGUGGCAUACACCAAAGGUCCUGGUAUGGGCGCUCCCUUGGUGACUGUGGCUCUGGUGGCUCGUACUGUCGCACAGCUUUGGGGGAAGCCACUCCUCGGUGUUAACCACUGUAUUGGACACAUUGAGAUGGGCCGACUCAUCACGCAAGCCAGCAACCCCACAGUGCUUUAUGUCAGUGGAGGAAACACACAGGUUAUUGCUUACUCAGAGCGGCGGUACAGAAUAUUUGGCGAAACCAUCGACAUCGCAGUUGGCAACUGUUUGGACAGAUUUGCGAGAGUUAUCAAGAUCUCCAAUGAUCCCAGCCCAGGAUACAACAUAGAGCAGAUGGCCAAAAAAGGGAGUCAGUAUGUGGAGCUGCCAUAUACAGUGAAAGGAAUGGAUGUCUCGUUUUCUGGGAUUUUGUCCUACAUUGAGGAGGCUGCUCAUAAGAUGCUGAGCUCUGGUCAGUGUGCUGCAGAAGAUUUGUGCUUCUCCCUGCAGGAGACGGUGUUCUCCAUGCUGGUGGAGAUCACAGAAAGGGCCAUGGCUCACUGCGGCUCCCAAGAGGUCCUCAUCGUCGGGGGUGUUGGCUGUAAUCUCCGUCUGCAGGAAAUGAUGGGAGUGAUGUGUAAGGAGAGAGGAGCCAAGCUUUUUGCAACAGAUGAAAGGUUUUGCAUUGACAAUGGAGCCAUGAUUGCACAAGCAGGCUGGGAGAUGCUCAGGUCAGGUCAGGCGACUGAAAUAGAAGACUCAUGGAUUACCCAAAGGUACAGAACAGAUGAAGUCGAGGUGACGUGGAGAGACUGACAGAUGGAUGAAUGGAGCAGUGUCAGUGCUCCCAGUUGUUGUCUGUUGUGACAAGUGGGGAAGAUCUCUUCUUAUCUGGUACAUUAAACAGUUGGCCUUGAAGAGGGAUGUUUUUUUUAAUCCUUCUGCUCGCAGCAACUUUGCAGGCUGCAAUCAAGAUUUUGAGUAACACUGCUACCCACUGUCAGGAAUGAUGAGAUCAGCUGUCUGUCUAGAUCACUGUUGAAAAGGAGCUUGUUCUGUUUUUUUGUGCACACUAUAGUUGCUAAAUGUGAACUCUGAACCUGGAAUGAAGCUGGUCUUACCAGAUUUCCAACCUUCCUUGGGACACUCCUGUACCAUGACAUUAACAUAUGGGGAAAACUGAGGGUGAAUCUGUGGGAGCCGGACUUCAUUUAACUUUUAAGUUCAUUUUCUCAUUUUUAUUGAUUAUCAUUAACCUCUAAUUGGCAGCGUGUCAAGCAUUUAUUCUGAACUUGAAAUAAAACAACAAAUACAACUUA